AUGUCGUUCCUCGGUGGCGCUGAGUGCUCAACUGCGGGCAACCCGUUGACUCAAUUCACAAAGCAUGUUCAAGAUGACAAGUCUCUUCAACGGGACAGACUCGUUGGGAGGGGCCCUGGGGGUAUGCAAGAAGGCAUGCGAUCUAGGGGCAUGAUGGGUGGUCAAGAUCCGAUGAUGGACGAAUUUGCCCAACAACCUGGCCAAUUACCGGGGCAAGCACCACAGCCCUUUGCGAUGGAACAGAUGAGACGCGAGCUAGAUCAGUUCCAAAGCGCUCCGCUCAGAACUGGCUCACCGGGCUGGGCAGCCGAGUUUGAUGGCGGGGAACAGGCUCGGAUGGAGGCUGCCUUUGCUGGCCCUCAAGGUCCCAUGAUGAACAAUGGAUCGGGGUUUAACCCGGCUGAGUUUGCACGUUUCCAACAGCAGAGCCCCGCUAGCAUGGCCCAGGCCUCCGGCCCCGCUGCUUCGGCUCAGACCCCGAUGAUGAAUAAUGGCUUUCAGCGCCCGAUGGGGGGCAUGGGGUACAUGGGUAUGGGAGGAAUGGGCAUGGGAAUGGGGAUGAUGCGUCCUUCCUUUGGACCCAUGGGGAUGCAGCAACCUGCGGAGGCUGUAACCCAGGACAAAGGAAAGGGGCGUAUGGUGGAGCUGGAUGACGAGAACUGGGAGGCGCAGUUCGCUGAGAUUGAAACUGCGGGCAACCAGACCCUGGAUGAUGAGGCCAAUGCAGCCAUGGAGGCGGAACUGAACGAUCUUGACAGGUCAGUCCCUAUUGAACAAAAUGACGGCGCCUUUGAGAGUGCGUGGCAAAGAGCCCAGGCUGAAACGGUAGCGGACAGGAAACUGGUCGAGGAAAACGGUGAAUUCGAUGUCCAUGAAAACUUGCACAUGGGAGACCUUGGGGAGUGGGAUGGCUUCGACACUCUCAACACUCGCCUCCGCGAUCCUCAACUCGGCGAUUACAUGUUCGAAGAAGACAACGUAUUCCGAACUGUAAACAACCCCUUCGAAGAGGGUGUUAAGAUUAUGCGAGAGGGUGGCAACCUAUCCCUGGCCGCAUUGGCCUUUGAGGCCGCUGUGCAGAAGGAACCUCAGCAUGUACAGGCAUGGACCAUGCUAGGUUCUGCUCAAGCCCAAAACGAAAAGGAACUUCCUGCAAUCCGGGCUCUCGAACAGGCCCUUAAGACCGACUCUAACAGCCUAGAUGCCCUCAUGGGUCUGGCUGUUUCUUACACCAACGAAGGAUAUGACUCGACAGCCUACCGGACACUUGAGCGCUGGCUCUCUAUCAAGUAUCCACAGAUUAUCAACCCGAAGGACGUGUCUUCCGAUGCCGAUUUGGGAUUCACUGACCGCCAGAUCCUUCAUGACCGCGUCACCGACUUUUUCAUCCAGGCCGCCCAGCUUUCACCUUCUGGCGAGCAAAUGGACCCCGAUGUGCAGGUUGGUCUAGGUGUUCUCUUCUACUGUGCUGAAGAGUAUGAUAAGGCAGUGGACUGCUUCUCAGCAGCCCUGGCGUCCACAGAGUCCGGAACAUCAAACCAGCAGGAGCAGCUUCACUUGCUGUGGAACCGUCUCGGCGCGACGCUUGCCAACUCCGGUCGCUCUGAAGAGGCCAUUGAAGCCUAUGAGCAGGCCUUAACAAUCAACCCCAACUUCGUUCGGGCACGGUACAACCUCGGUGUCUCAUGCAUCAACAUCGGCUGCUAUCCCGAAGCUGCACAGCACCUUUUGGGUGCCUUGUCUAUGCACCGAGUCGUUGAGCAGGAAGGCCGGGAGCGUGCACGGGAGAUUGUUGGAGGGGCCGACGGUGAUAUUGACGACGAACAGCUGGAGCGGAUGCUGCAUAUCAGCCAGAACCAGAGCACGAACUUGUACGACACACUGCGCCGGGUGUUCAAACCAAUCAUGGCUACUAUUACUGGUGCUCAACUGAUUGCCCGGACGCUGCGCGACCUGGGCGUCACCGUCGUCUUCGGCAUCGUGGGUAUCCCUGUGGUGGAGAUCGCCGAAGAAGCCAUCAAUCUGGGGAUUCGGUUUGUUGCAUUCCGCAACGAGCAGGCAUGCAGCUAUGCUGCCAGUGUCUAUGGAUACAUGACAGGACGACCUGGUGUCUGUCUCGUCGUGGGAGGACCAGGAGUUCUCCAUGCUAUGGCUGGGAUUGGCAAUUCAUCUGCGAAUAACUUCCCUCUUCUUGUUCUUGCUGGAUCAGCUGAGACAACAGGCGUGACUAAAGGAUCCUUCCAAGAACUGGAUGCCAUUUCUUUCCUGACUCCGCACACCAAGUUUGCAGUGCGCCCUUCAUCCCUCGACUUCAUCACCGGAGCCGUGAAGAAUGCAUAUAGAACCUGCUGGUAUGGCCGCCCUGGUCCAACCUUUGUCGACUUACCUGCCGAUUUGAUCCAGGGCAAGGCACCACCCGGGCUCUCUCUACCGCCACCGGAAGCCGUGCUGGUUUCAUCCCCUCCUAAGGCAAGCGGGGAUCCGGCCUUGAUUUUGAAGGCAGCUCAGUUGCUGAAGAGCGCGCGUUCGCCAUUAGUGAUUGUUGGGAAAGGGGCUGCGUAUGCGCGGGCAGAGUCCGGCAUUGGCCAGUUGAUCGAGCAAACGCAGAUUCCCUUCCUGCCGACGCCAAUGGGGAAAGGCGUAGUCCCUGAUUCUCAUCCGCUAAAUGCAUCGAGUGCACGCAGCACAGCUCUGAAAAAUGCAGAUGUGGUGCUGAUUCUCGGGGCACGCCUGAACUGGAUCCUUCAUUUUGGUGAACCGCCUAAGUGGUCCCCCAAGGCCAAGAUUAUUCAAGUAGAUAUCUGUGCUGAGGAGAUUGGGCGAAACGCCUGUACCGCUGAGCUGGGUAUCAUAGGCGAUAUCGACUUGGUCGUGAAUCAGCUACUGUCGUCUCUGUCGACCUGGAGAUAUGUCCCGUCCCCUGCAGAAGACCAGUUCCCGGCGCAGUUGGCUGAAUCAGCGAAGAAGAAUGAAGACAAAGCACAAAAGGCUGCUCUUUUGGCCACACCACAGAACUCGCCUCUUACCUACCAGCGCGCUUAUCAUAUCAUAAAGACGACACUCAACUCCUUGACCCCGUAUGAGGAGGGCAACAUUGUAUAUGUAUCGGAGGGGGCCAACACUAUGGAUAUAUCCCGCUCAAUGUUUCCCUUAGAUUAUCCCCGUCAGCGUCUGGAUGCCGGUACCUAUGCCACCAUGGGCGUGGGGAUGGGGUACAUCGUCGCCGCACAUGAAGCCUAUAAUGCGAUCCCGGGAUCUGCAGGCGAAGGUGUGACGAAACCCAAGAAGAUCGUAGCCCUUGAGGGCGACAGUGCGUUUGGAUUCAGCGCAAUGGAAAUCGAAACACUGGCGCGAUAUCGUAUCCCUGCGCUGAUCUUCGUAAUCAACAACUCAGGGAUCUACCACGGAGACAGCACCACAGAAAGUGAUUGGAAGAACCUACAAAAUCAAACAGCGGCGAAUGACACAAAGGCCGACGAUGAAAACAAGAAGGGUCUGCGUUCGACCAGUCUCCUAUAUGAAACGCGUUACGAGUAUCUGGCCAACAUGUGUGGCGGAAAGGGAUAUUUUGUCCGUAAUGAAGAGGAGCUCGAGAAAGCUACCCGUGAAGGGUUCUUGAGUGAUACUGUCACACUGGUGAAUGUAAUUGUUGAGCCGGGUAUUGGUAAGAAGAUUGGAUUUGCCUGGCAAGGGGACCAAACCGAUGGCCAGGCCAAGCUUUGA